UUAUUAUUGGUUGGUGGAUUCAUUCAUCACAUCUUCAUAUUGCAUACGUUUCUAUCUCUCUCUCUCUGUCAUGCAGAAAGAAGCAAACCAAAGCAUCUUCUUUCUGUUUUUGCAUUGACGUUUCAACCUUCUUAAAUCUUAAUUUCACUUUUCAACUGAUUCUCAAGGUCACAUUUGGCUUCUAUCAUGACACCAGAUACUAAUACCUUGAGUUAUUGGUUGAAUUGGAGAUUCUUCAUAUGUGCAAUAUUUCUUUUAUUAACUAUGGGCUUAGGAUCAUUUUUGAUAUGGAAGUAUGAAGAAUUCAAUAAAUCAAGAAAUGAGAGGGUAGAAGAAGGACGGCGAGAAACGGUUGGGUUGCUAUAUGAAGAUGAAGCAUGGAAUACAUGUGUUAAAGGAAUUCAUCCUAAUUGGUUGCUUUCUUACAGAAUAAUUUCUUUUUUUGUGCUUUUGGGUUUGCUCACUGCUAAUGUAGUUGUUGACGGAGGCGGCAUUUUUUACUUCUACACUCAAUGGACAUUUACUCUGGUCACUAUUUACUUUGCGCUCGCAUCUUGUUUUUCCUUCUAUAGAAGUUGCUUUAACCACAACGAGUUUGAGGGAAACACAUUAGAUAGAGAACGAGGCACUUAUGUGGCUCCAACACUUGAUGGGAUUUCUGAUAUACCUGUCUUAUCUAAGAGUUCGUACUCCAAUCGGGAAUCUCUCAAUCGGAAUACUGCUGGUGUGUGGGGUUAUAUUAUUCAAAUAUUAUUUCAGACUUGUGCAGGUGCUGCAAUGCUCACCGACCUUGUAUUCUGGCUCGUUAUUUAUCCGUUUAUGACAUCCAAAGAUUUCCGUCUGGAUAUUUUCACCGUUGGUAUGCACUCUGUUAACGCUGUGCUCCUCCUUGGUGAAACAUCACUGAACUGCAUGAGCUUUCCGGUGUUCCGAUUUGCAUAUUUUAUCUUGUGGACGGCUACAUUUGUGAUUUUUCAGUGGAUCGUCCAUGCCGUUGUUUCGCUUUGGUGGCCUUAUCCUUUCCUUGAUUUAUCAUCACCAUAUGCACCCUUAUGGUACUUGGCUGUUGGUAUAAUGCACAUUCCAUGUUAUGGCUUCUUUGCCUUAAUAGUGAAGUUGAAGCACUUGUGGUUGUCAAGAUUGUUCUCUGGUUCUUGUCAGUUUCUACGGUGAUAAUACAUUCCACAACACUAAUCAUUCUACAAACGGGGAGAAACACGGAUAGUUGUUAUUUUUAAGCAUCGGUCUACCUUAGACCGUGAAACAAUAGAAGCCACCAAGAUUUAGAUCCUCUUCUCCUCAAAUGAAGUGCUGAGAGGGUUGUCAUUUUUAUGUGGGGGGUAAUUUUGGGGAUGCAUAUUUGUAUCUAUUAUUUGAUUGUUUAAUAUUAACCUCAAAAGUUAUCUGACCUGUUAUUGAAAGUUGAUGUCUGUGAUGUCUUCCAUCCUA